AAAAACAAAAAAAAACCAUAUUUUUCCGAUUUAUUUUUGUUUUCUUUGUCUCCUUGUCCACUCAACCAGCGCUUUCAAACCCCAACACCCCCCUCCUGUGAAAAACGACAGCCCCAGCGAGAAAGAAACCGAGUCGUACGAUAUCUGGUCCUCUCUGAUGUGAAAUAGUUACAAAGGAAGAAGUGAAAGGGAUUCAAUUGGAUUUGGUCCUGCAGCAGCAGCAGCAGCAGCAGCAGCUUCUUUAUUUGGCUUUCCUUUCUUUCCAGGAUAUUAAAGCAGCUCUCUCACCCCAGUUGUGGCCUCCUUCUAAGACCCACUUUCAAAUCCUUCCCCAUUUUCUUUUUUACUUUCAAUUAUUGACUCAUAAUAUUUACACAUUUUCUUUCUGGUCUUACUCUGAUCCCGAGUGAAGCUCUUUUCCUUUUUCCCUUUAUUUUUUUUCUCUUUCUCUUUGGACCCGUUUGCAAAUCCACGCAUGUUCUUUGCUACCAAACCCCAAAUGUGAGUUUUGGGCGGGCUCUGUUUUUUGUUCUUCUUCUACUUCAUCUCUUAUUUUAUUCUGAAUUGGGGUCCAAUUCCAAUUCCAAUCCUAAUCUGAGCCUGAGGCGAAUGUUCUAUUUUGCGUUGAAUUGUCGGAUUUACCCUUGAAAAAUUGUCGCCAUCUUGGGUGUUAUCGUAAUUUGGUGAUAUACCGUUCCGGACAAAGAUCAUUUGCUUGUUGCAAAGAGGAAGCUUGGGUAAAACGGUGAGAAAUGUUUACAUGCAUAGCAUGUACGAAGCAACCGGAAGACGACGGAGGAGAGCGUGGGAGUGGCACCCCAAGUACAAAAGAAGCCGUCAAAAGCCUGACCACGCAGAUCAAGGAUAUGGCAUUGAAAUUCUCCGGUGCGUACAAGCAAUGCAAACCAUGCACAGGAUCAAGCAGUAGCUUCAAGAAAGGGCAAAGGAGACCUUACCCUGAUUUUGAUACUGCUUCUGAAGGGGUUCCAUACCCUUAUGCUGCAAGCUCAAGUUCUACACCUGCUUGGGACUUCACCUCUAAUCAUCAACUUGGUGCAAGAUCAGACUCGAGAUUCACUCGACCAUAUGGCGGUGGUGGUGAUCCGACUCGAGAUUCAACGUGUGAGGUUGUGUUAGAGGAUGAGGAUGAGCCCAAGGAGUGGAUGGCACAGGUCGAACCAGGAGUGCACAUCACCUUUGUGUCGCUUCCUAAUGGGGGAAAUGAUCUUAAACGAAUUCGCUUCAGCCGAGAGAUGUUUAACAAAUGGCAAGCUCAGCGAUGGUGGGGUGAGAAUUAUGACCGCAUAAUGGAGCUCUACAAUGUCCAGAGAUUCAACCGGCAAGCUCUUCACACUCCACCAAGGUCUGAAGAUGAGCCACCAAGAGAAUCCUUUUACUCGAGGAUGGACUCUGCUAGAGAAAGCCCUAUGGUUCCAACAAACUGGACACCACGGCACCACUACAAACCCUCUGGAGCUGGAAGCGGAGGAUACUUCCCAUCUGAUGGUCAUCAGUAUAAUGCAGGUGGAUCUAUUGAUGCAUCGCGAACGACAACCUCAUCUAGAGAUGAAGCUUCCGUCUCUAUUAGCAAUGCUAGUGAGGUGGAGUCCGAAUGGGUUGAACAAGAUGAACCUGGGGUCUAUAUAACCAUUCGACAGCUAGCCGAUGGCACUAGGGAGCUCCGGCGUGUUAGGUUCAGUCGCGAAAGGUUUGGGGAGAGGAAUGCGAAGACAUGGUGGGAAGAAAACCGAGAGAGAAUACAAGCUCAAUACCUUUAAAUUUUAACUUUACACAACCAACAUUUCCGGUAGGGAUGAAAUGAAAGACUACUACUUCAAGGCGCACCUGGAUGUCUCAAAGAACUUGGAAAAUGGAACUUUGCAAUAGAGUCUCCGCAAGAAAUUGGUCUUGCCACCAGUGAGACUUAUGAUGGUCAGAAAUUAAAUUCACAUUGUAUGAUGAUGAUUAUGAUGAUCUAACUAAUAUGUUCUUUCUUACUACCAUUCUCAUGAGGUGGGAGUUCGUUUUCCUUGACGGCUCAUUUACAUGGGAUAUCCAGAAGUGUCCAGUUUUGCCUUUGUUGUUGUCUGUCAUUACUAUUAUAACUAUCAGGCCAGAAGGAGGGGAACGAGUUACUGAAAAAUUUUGGGUGUUGUUUUCCCCUUCACGGCUUGUAGUGUUUGGAAAUUAUGGGGAUCAUGUGGCGGUGGCUCUCAUUUGGAGCUUAACAAGUUUGUUCUUUGUAAUACAGUUUAUAUACAUUUGAGAAAUUGAAUUGAUUUGCAAUUACAUGAAAGGGGAAGUUUAUAGUA